GCUGCAUGACCCAGGUUUCACGAUUUUUUCACGUUCCCUAGUUACUUGGAACUUUCAACACCAUCUUGACCGUAGCGGGCGAAAGCGAACGCCAAUCUCGAGCUCUUUGAGCCGUCCAACAAAGUGCUUUUCUCAUGAACAUGGUACAGCACGCGAAGCGCACUGCCCAACAUAGCGCUAGCGGCGGCGCCCAAGCUAGCUAGGACUAGUCUUAGGCGCGCUGCAUGCGAAGUCGUCUACAAAGUGGACAACGUUGGAGGUGAAGAAGUGCCCUCCUUGCACAGCAGACAGCAGCAAUCGUUAAGCAGCAGGAACGAGUUUGCCAGACAUGGUCUGUGCAAAGUGCGAGAAGAAACUAUCAAAGGUGGUGGUGCCAGACAAGUGGAAGGAAGGUGCGAACAACACUACUGAGGGAGGGGGCCGAAAAAUUGGAGAAAAUAAGCUUCUGUCAAGGAAGAAUAGAUUUCAACCUUACGGGACAUCAGCAAAAUGCACCGUGUGCAAAAGUACGUUGCACCAAGAGGGGAAAUAUUGUCAUGCUUGUGCUUAUAAAAAGGGUAUAUGCGCAAUGUGUGGACGGCAGGUUCUUGACACGACAGCCUACAAGCAAAGCAUGCAAUAGUCCCGUAGAAGUGGUUAGUUGCUUUUGGCUUGCUGACAUGUGUACAGAUUGACAAUGCUUUUUACUACUUGGAUUUUUAGAGCAGGUGCAACAGAGAGCAGGUGCAACAGAGUCGAAGACGAUAAGUCCAGGAUAGAAACAGAAGGGUUAAUUGGACAACUUGAAUUCUUGGUGGCCCGUUCAUGUACCAUAAGAUUCUUGAAGUAGUCUUCAGGUGGGAAGGCAACAUGCAAAGAGCAUUGUACAUGGCCACCACCAGUCGUUACUGAAUUAGAUUGCAUUCUUGGUCUUGUGUUACAUGCAUCGGCAAGGAUUCCUCAAUCAUUAGCAACUUUUGAACUUUCAAUGUCUAUCCUAUAAUGAUACGACUGAACAUGCA